AUGGGUUCGCAGAAUACUUGCAAAGAUGCCUUAGAGAAAUCACGCGUGAUAGUGGCGUCCACUAUUGAUGCCGCUGAUACUGGGCUUCACAAGGUCAACAAAGCUCUCCACACAAACCCGGAAUUGGCGUAUCAAGAGCAUUUUGCUCACCAGACCAUUACAUCAUAUCUUUCAUCACUCGGCUUUGAUGUCAAGAAGCACACCUACGGUCUCGAUACCAGCUUUGAAGCAGAGUAUGGAUCAGGUGGCCGACUUGUCAUCAUCUGUGCGGAGUAUGAUGCACUACCAGAAAUCGGUCAUUCUUGCGGUCACAACCUGAUAGCUACUUCCUCCAUUGCCACAUUCAUUGCUGUGGCUGAAGCAAUGAAGCAACACAACUUCGAAGGCCGAGUGCGAAUCCUUGGUACCCCUGCUGAAGAGGGCGGAGGUGGCAAAGCUAAGCUCAUCGAUGCUGGUGCAUUUCCCAAAGACACAUCCGCUGCUAUAAUGGCACACCCCGUCUCCGCACACCAGAUCUUCUACAAGCCAGGCUACUAUCAAGGUCUUGCUGGACUUAAGUUGAUUGCGAGCCACAAAUUCAAGACUGAAUUUAAGGGCAAGCCAGCGCAUGCAGCAGGCGAGCCAUGGAACGGGGUCAAUGCCUUGGAUGCCGCCGUUUCUGCGUAUGCCAACGUUAGUCUCUUGAGACAACAGAUGGAGCCGGAUGAGCGAGUGCACGGGGUUAUUGAGGUUGGAGGUACUGUACCAAACGUCAUCACUGACUACACACGCAUGAACUGGAAUGUCCGUAGCCCUACGAUAGAGAGAGCGGACAAGCUGCUUAGCCGUGUGAAAAAUUGUCUUGAAGCAGCAGCGCUAGCUUCAGGAUGCAAACUGAAUUACAUCACCUCGCCAACGUACCUCAACCUUCGAGCAAACAAAACUUUAUGCGAACUCUACGCCCACGACAUGGACACGUUCGGCACAAAGAUACAGGUUGAUCAAGAGAAGAUGAUGAACGCAUCAACGGAUAUGGGUAAUGUCUCACACAUCAUACCUAGCUUUCAUGGUGCGUUCGCGAUCCCAGCCGAUAAGGACGUAUCGGCCCAUAACCCAGCGUUUGCGGCGUGCGCAGGUACGGAUGAAGGUCAUAAGGCGGCUUUGACCUGUGCCAAAGGUAUGGCGAUGUUGGCUUUGAGGGUAUUAUUAGACGAUGAUGUUGCGAAAAGGGCGAAAGACGACUUCGAACAGGACAAUGAAUAA